UCCUGGGUUCCACACGAAACCGGAAGUGAGUGGCGUGCAUCAUCUCGCCCCGAACGAUGACACACGUCAGGAACGCUGGUUUCUUCCAGAAGUUUCUUCCCGGCGAUUCUCUGCCGCUGCUCCCUCGCGGCCCACUACCGCAACAUCGCUGUUCGAACACGCCGUCUGACGUCAGCCGGUUGCAUUUCGGUGACAUUUGUCUCCUCGUCUUUGGCGCGCGACAGAAAAGUCGUCGACGUGUUCCGAGUCAAACCGGCUAACCUUCACCUCUUGCUGGCGAGGGAGGGCAGCUAGGCGCCGUUAGCCGCAUGCCGGGGCUGCUGAGGCGGGAAGAGGAUCCAUCUGGAAUGUUCUUUUUUGCAGGCGUGAGCGGGCAGUAGGGAUGGGUAAAGAUUACUACAAAGUGCUGGGGAUAGCCAAGGGUGCCACGGAGGAGGAGAUCAAGAAGGCGUACAGGAAGCAGGCCCUCCGCUACCAUCCCGACAAGAACAAGUCUGCGGGGGCCGAGGACAAAUUUAAGGAGAUCGCAGAAGCCUACGACGUCCUCAGUGAUGCAAAGAAGAAGGAUAUUUACGAUCGAUAUGGCGAAGAAGGCCUGAAGGGUUCAGCUGGAGGCGGGGGUGGAGGUCACAGCGGCGCCACCUACAGCUACACCUUCCAUGGCGACCCUCACGCCAUGUUCGCUGAGUUCUUCGGCGGCCGCAGCCCGUUCGAUCACUUCUUCGCGCAGAACGGCGACGACACCAACAUGGACGUCAACGACCCCUUUGCCGCCUUCAGCAUGGGAAGCAUGGGCGGCAUGGGCAACUUCCACCGGUCCUUUAAACCCCACCCGGGCGGCGCCCGCGGGAAGAAGAAGGACCCGCCCGUGGUGCACGAGCUAAAGGUGAGCCUGGAAGAGGUGUUCUCGGGCUGCACCAAAAAGAUGAAGAUCUCCCGCAAAAGACUGAACCCAGACGGCCGCACCGUGCGCUGCGAGGACAAGAUUCUGUCCGUGGACAUCAAGCGCGGCUGGAAAGAGGGGACCAAGAUCACCUUCCCUCGGGAGGGAGACGAGACCCCCACCAACAUUCCCGCGGACGUGGUGUUUGUGGUCAAAGACAAACCUCAUCCCGUGUUCAGGAGGGAGGGCUCUGAUAUUAUUUAUCCUGCAAAAAUAUCACUUCGAGAUGCUCUGUGCGGCUGCUCGGUCAGCGCCCCCACCCUGGACGGCCGCACCAUCACCGUGUCCUCCAGAGACGUGGUCAAGCCGGGCAUGAAGAAGCGCAUCGUGGGGGAAGGCCUACCCCUGUCCAAGCGUCCCGACAAGAGGGGCGACAUGAUCUUGGACUUUACGGUCAAAUUCCCUGACAAACUGGGACAAAACACCCGUGACGCACUCAGGCAGGUUCUCCCGCCAUGAUGCCAGGACUAACACUUCCAACGCCGUUCUUCAGGGUGCUUACAUUUAUUAUUAUGGUUUUUUAAAGCCUCAUUUGACUCACAACACCUAAAAACUGACAGAAUCAAUGAUUUGAGUAUUUAUUGUUAGCUGGAUUCUAUCAAUGGACUAAAAGGUGUUUUGUUUUUGUACAAGUGAACCAACACUGAAACAAUGGAGAUGUUUAAUUCAGGUUUUUUUUUUAUUUUACUAUCAUUAGUUCAAGACAAACACUGAGCCAAAUAAGUGUUAGAGCCUACCAAGUACCAGGGCCACACUGAAACAGAAAAACCACAUCAUCAAUUGUUUUUAGAGAGGAAAAAGUCCAGAUAUUACGAUCUAAAGCAGGGGUAGGGAACCUAUGGCUCGGGAGCCAGAUGUGACUCUUGAUGACUGCAUCUGGCUCUCGGAUAAAUCUGAGUUGAUGUUGCUUAAAACCAUAAGUAAUGAAUAAUAAGGGGACGGCGUGGCGCAGUGGAAGAGUGGCCGUCCCUGGUUCAAAUCCCACCUAGUACCAACCUCGUCACGUCCGUUGUGUCCUGAGCAAGACACUUCACCCUUGCUCCUGAUGGGUGCUGGUUAGCACCUUGCAUGGCAGCUCCCUCCAUCAGUGUGUGAAUGGGUAAAUGUGGAAGUAAUGUCAAAGCGCUUUGAGUACCUUGAAGGUAGAAAAGUGCUAUACAAGUACAACCCAUUUAUCAUUUAAUUUCACUUGUAAUCACAGUGUUAAAAAUAACGUUCAAAAUAUAAAACAUUCUCAUGCAUUUUUAAUCCAUACUUCCGUUCAAGAAGUUGCGUUAAUGGUAAAAAGUUAUUUAGUUAUUAUUGGUUAGUGUGGGGCUUGCCCUCCUGGGGGUUCUUCAGACCACCAAACACCGACAUGAGAGCCUGUUUCAGGGUUACAGUAUUGUUUUAUUUUUCAAUAAGUCUCGCAGUUGUUUUCCAGCAAUUGUAUUUCCAGCCCCAACCCCGUCUCUCCUCCUGGCUGCUGCUAAUAACAGAGCGACAGGUGAUUAGAUAAAAAGGCCCAGGUGGGCCAUCUACGCACCUGUCACUGCAGGCCCGCAGGCCACACCCCCUCCACAGUUAGCUUCAGAAUAACAAUGCUAUUGUAAAGAAUAAGAGACUUAUUAUACUCUAGAAAUGUUGGUCUUACUUAAAAAUGCGCACGUUUAGUUGUUUUCAGUGUUAAAAAAAAUAAGUUUAUGGCUCUUACGGAAAUACAUUUUAAAAUAAUUGUCUAUUCGGCUCUCUCAGCCAAAAAGGUUCCCGACCCCUGAUCUAAAGUCAUCAUGUUAGGGGGGAAAUCGUCCAAAUAUUAUUAAUCAAAUGAUGUAACUUAAUGAGAAAACGUUUUAAUAACACCCCAAGAAGGGGUCAUUUUACAAGAAUGUUGUAGGAAAACAUUCCAAUUGUAUAAUAAAUCUAAAGUUCUCAUUUUAUGACCAAAAGUGGUCUAAAUAUGAAUACAAACAGCGUGUUUUAUCACAAAAAACAGUAAAAAUAUCAGGACUAUUAUCUGUAGGAAACAAAUGAUAAUAAAGCAUCCACUAAUGACAAUACACAAAAAUACAUAUAUAUAUAUAUAUAUAUAUAUAUAUAUAUAUUAGAACUUUGUAGUUAUAACUUUACAGAACUAUUGUAAUUAUAAAGUUAUGAUAUUAAAACAACUAGGUUAAAUAUAUUACAUUUCCAGUGAAGUUGGACUCCGCCAAGGCUGUCCUUUGUCACCGAUUCUGUUCAUAACUUUUAUGGACAGAAUCUCUAGGCGCAGCCAAGGCGUUGAGGGGUUCCGGUUUGGUGACCGCAGGAUUAGGUCUCUGCUUUUUGCAGAUGAUGCGGUCCUGAUGGCUUCAUCUGGCCGGGAUCUUCAGCUCUCACUGGAUCGGUUCGCAGCCGAGUGUGAAGCAACUGGGAUGAGAAUCAGCACCUCCAAGUCCGAGUCCAUGGUUCUCGCCCGGAAAGGGUGGAGUGCCAUUUCCAAGUUGGGGAGGAGACCCUGCCCCAAGUGGAGGAGUUCAAGUACCUCGGAGUCUUGUUCACGAGUGAGGGAAGAGUGGAUGGUGAGAUCGACAGGCGGAUCGGUGCGGCGUCUUCAGUAAUGCGGACGUUGUACCGAUCCGUUGGGGUGAAGAAGGAGCUGAGCCGGAAGGCAAAGCUCUCAAUUUACCGGUCGAUCUACGUUCCCAUCCUCACCUAUGGUCAUGAGCUUUGGGUCUCUCCCUUAGAGAUAGGGUGAGAAGCUCUGCCAUCCGGGAGGAACUCAAAGUAAAGCCGCUGCUCCUCCACAUGGAGAGGAGCCAGAUGAGGUGGUCCGGGCAUCUGGUCAGGAUGCCACCCGAACGCCUCCCUAGGGAGGUGUUUAGGGCACGUCCAGUCGGUAGGAGGCCACGGGGAAGACCCAGGACACGUUGGGAAGACUAUGUCUCCCGGCUGGCCUGGGAACGCCUCGGGAUCCCCCGGGAAGAGCUGGACGAAGUGGCUGGGGAGAGGGAAGUCUGGGUUUCCCUGCUUAGGCUGUUGCCCCCGCGACCCGACCUCGGAUAAGCGGAAGAUGAUGGAUGGAUGGAUAAAUAUAUUACAGUAAAGUUGUAAUACUGUGGGGGAAAAAUGUACAUUUUGAAUACAAAGUUGUAAUUUCAUUAGAGAAAAUUUACAAUUAUUAUGAUAGAAAUACAAAUAUAACGUUUAAAUGUUCAACCAAAGUAGUCUGAAAAAUACAAUGGCAAAAUGUGUAAUUUUGCUAUACUAAAGUUGUACUGGCAAUAAAGAAGUUAAAUUUUAGUCUUACAAUAAAUCAUCUUUUUUUUCCAUCUUUCUUUUGUAAUAUUUGGACUUUCUUUCCCCCAUAAUAUGACUUUAUUAAUGUAGGAUUAUAACUCCACCCAGUGUGGCUCCUUGGUUGAAAGCCUGCUCAUCAUCUGUACUUCCCCGUUAUUUACAGCCGGGGCCUUCAGUUGAACCAGGCCUGUGGUCCUCCAUCAUGUCACCUAUUUACACUAAAUAUCUUGACUUAGUUACCUCAUAUUCACUGAGAUGUCUUGUUAACACACCACCAUGCUUCCUUCCCACAGUGAGAGUGCCACUGAUGUAGCAAGCAAUCUGAUACAGAGCUUUUUGGUUUUUUUAUUCAAAUUGUUGACUUAAAAAUACCUUAUUUCAAAAUGGCGCACACUUUGUUUAUGUCAAUGUGCCAAAUAAUGUGUGGAUGGUGAGGGCAGUUGGAGAAUAAUUUAUAAGCUCUUAUUAGGUUGAGCCUGUGGUUUGGUUUACAGGUUGUGAUCAAUGCUAUUGUGAGGGAUUUAUUGAAAUUAUAAUGGAUUGUUUCAUCUUCAAAAUGCUGCUUGGACUUGCAUUACAACAUUAGAACGUCAUUAAGUAGCUUUGAAAGUAUGUUUGCAUUGAGGGAUAUUCUCUGUUUAUUUGCACUUUUAAAAAAUGAUGAUUUUGAAUGCUUUUAUUGUCAUGAUUUACAUUUUGGCACAUUUGGUUUGCACUAACACAGGGGUCACCAACACCAGGUCGCCCGUAAGGACCAGCCGGCAUAGCUCGAUUGGUAGAGCGGCUGUGCCAGCAACUUGAGGGUUGCAGGUUCGAUUCCCGCUUCUGCCAUCCUAGUCACUGCCGUUGUGUCCUUGGGCAAGACACUUUACCCACCUGCUCCCAGUGUCGCCCACACUGGUUUAAAUGUAACUUAGAUAUUGGGUUUCACUAUGUAAAGCGCUUUGAGUCACUAGAGAAAAGCGCUAUAUAAAUAUCAUUCACAUGAGUCGCCCGCUGGCCUGUUCUAAAAAUAGCUCACAUAGCAGCACUUACCAGUGAGCUGCCUCUAUUUUUACAAUUUCAUUUAUUUACUAGCAAGCUGGUCUCACUUUGCUCGACAUUUUUAAUUCUAAGAGACAAAACUCAAAUAGAAUUAGAAAAUCCAAGAAAAUAUUUGAAAGACUUGGUCUUCACUUGUUUAAAUAAAAUCAUUAUUUUUUUUUACUUUGCUUCUUAUAACUUUCAGAGAGACAAUUUUAGAGAAAAAAUACAACUUUAAAAAUGAUUUUACCUUUUUAAAUUCCUUCCUCUUCUUUCCUGACAAUUUUAAUCAAUGUUCAAGUAAAUGUUUUCUUAUUGUAAAUAAUAAUUAUAUUUUAAUUUAAUUCUUCAUUUUAGCUUUUUCGAUGAAUGUUUGUGAAAUAUUUCUUCAAACUUAUUAUGAUUAAAAAAAAUAUAUUCUGGCAAAUCUAGAAAAUCUGUAGAAUCAAAUUUAAAUCUUAUUUCAAAGUCUUUUGAAUUCCUUUUAAAAUGUUUGUUCUGGAAAAUGUAAAAGAAAUAAUGAUUUGUCUUUGUUGGAAAUAUAGCUUGGUCCUGUUUGUUAUAUAUUCUAACAAAGUGCAGAUUGGAUUUGAACCUAUUUAAAACAUGUCAUCAAAAAUAUAUAUUUAUUUUGAGAAAUCAUUAAGAUGAUCAGUGUUUCCACAAAGAUAAAUAUCAUUAAUAAUAACAGUUAAAGGUAAAUUGGGCAAAUUGGCUAUUUCUGGCAAUUUAUUUAAGUGUGUAUCAAACUGGUAGCCCUUCUCAUUAAUUAGUACCCAAGAAGAAGUUCUUGCUUUCAAAAAGGUUGGUGACCCCUGCUCUAACACAUCAGUACCUUUUUGCCAUUGGAAGUCAUCUUUCAUAGGCCAGAAGACUGCAAAGCAGGAAUAAAAUGUCUCAUUACUCAACAAA